UUUAUUAAAAAGGAAGUACAAAAACAACAACGGCGAUGUGUUUUGAUCCAGCGUAUUUCUAACUAUAUGAAAAGAGGGGCUUUGCCUGCGUGGUGUUUCAGGAUUGUGCUGGUUUGUUGCUCUGCAUGUUCGAGCCAAGACGCGCAGUCGGGCUGGAUAACGUCAUGGCGAGCGCUUCAUCGGGAUCCUGGAGGGAAGUCGGAUCGAUUUUGUGAAACCAAUGAGUUUCGUCAUGGAUGAUCAUGGAUCCCAUCCACGGAGCUCCGGUCUGAGGGUGUCAACCAAAAGCAAAGCACCAUCCCCACCAGGACUAAAACAGCUGGAUUCCCCAGGUCUCUCCCAGUGGUACCCAGGAACCCUUCAUUUAACCAUGGACCAGAAGGAGAACCUUAUCGAUACAGACCUCUCUCUGGUUGUGGUUUUGCCUGGCGGGGUAGAAGAAAUGACCACAGUCCAUGGAAGCAAACCCCUGAUGGAUCUAUUAGUGACUCUUUGUGCAAAGUAUCACCUCAACCCAUCUAGCCACACUUUAGAACUGGUCACCGCCAACAAGAACAACACCAAACUCAAGCCCAAUGCUCUCAUAGGAACUUUGGAUGCAGAGAAGAUCAUCCUUAAACCUAAAGGGGAGGAUAAAAAUAAGAAGACGGGUCCUCAGAUGCCCGAGGCAACUGUUCGGAUGGUGAUAAACUACAGAAAGACCCAGAAAACUAUACUACGAGUUAGUCCUCGCAUUCCCCUGGCUGAUCACUUACCAGCCAUCUGUGAGAAAUGUGAAUUUGACAUGGAAACUACCGUUCUGUGGAGAGACGUUCAAUCACUGGCCCCUUUGGACUUGUCCAGCUCUCUGAAUGAUUAUGCAAUAAGGGAAGUUUAUGCAAGAGACACUAAAGGACAACCUGCUUCACCCGUGUGUCCAGCCUCACCAACACAUGCAGGAGCAGUAAUGCCAGGCAAAGAUAAAAAUCAGAAAGAGAAAGAAAACAAAGGGCUCUUCAGCAAGUUUAGAAAAAGCAAGAAAAGAUCUGACCAGGCAACGACGGCCAGUGCCCCAGUUUCUCCUGUGCUAGUGAGCAAGCCUCGACCUCUUAGCAUGGCCUUACCUACUUCAAAUUCGUCUCCGCUCAGCUCCCCAACGCUACCCACAGAUGUGCCAAAGAAGAGACGUGCACCCCUACCCCCAAUUGUGGUGUCCCAGAGCCGCCCCUCGGAUUUCAGCACUCGUCGGAGACUUCACUCUGAACCUACUGCCCAACUGGACAGUGACCAGAUGGCUGGUUUAAGUCGUGGGUCCUCAGCAGAGUCUUCCUUAAAGAGAACCAAACGCAAAGCUCCUCCACCCCCCACAUCCCCUAGUGCUGUUGACCAAGAAACAGUUCUUCUGGAUGAAAGUUUGCAAGGGGGUGCAGCUGCUAACACACUGGAGGAGAUAAUGGAGCAAGAGGAGACCAAUGCUUCUGUCAUGUCUGCAACUGCUAGUGAUACCCAGGGAGAGGACUGCAGCCUCAACACGUCUGCUGAUGUUUCACUGCAUUCCCCGUCCCCAGAUACUGAUUUACUGCCCUCAGUGUCCAUGGAGAGAAAUGGGGAAGAUCAGUCUCGUGAUCUGUCCUCAGAUGGCAAUCAAUUGCAGAGCACAGUGAAUGAGCCUGUAGCUCUGAGUGACGUGAAAACCACUGGCGGCACGGAUUCAUCUGAAGUGGCAGUUACUGAUAGUGGAUCAUGUCCAGUUGAAAAUGUAAGCCAACACCCCAUCUGUGAAGAGUCUAUGCCUCAAAGUGUCACGGGUGAUUGCAGCACUGUACCCAGCAGCCUCCCUCCUCCGCCUGUGAUGCAGGAGGUGGAAGCGCAGGCCUCUCUUCAGGCAAACACUGUAACCCUCCUGGAGCAGACAGACCGGUUGAAGAGCCUGGUGGCCACCAGCACAUCAUGCCCCACCGGAGAAGAUGCUCAAGUGCAAACCGAUUUCCCACCACCACCUGCGCCUCCACAACAACACGUGGACAAAGUCCCUUGCUCAGCUAAUGCGCCUGCCUUUGAAUCAGCGGCAAAGAAAGAUAUGGCCACUGUAACGGAGGAAGUGGACUCGCCUGAUCUCAAACAUGCCUUAUCCCUCACCUCGGAGACCUUAUCGUGCCAAGACUCAACACCAAGUGCCCCUGCCACAACACAGGCCCCAUCUAUUUAUGCCACAAACUCUGAGCCAAAGCCCAAGCCUUCCAACGAGCUGACAAGGGACUACAUCCCAAAGGUGGGGAUGACAACGUAUACUAUCGUGCCUCACAAAUCUCUGGAGAAGCUGAGAUAUUUUGAAGUUGCACUGACAUUGGAGCCACCUCCUGAAGCUCCAGAAAGCAGACUUGAUAUUGGGUCUCUUCAGCUGGAGGAGAGCACAGCACCAGGGGGACAGACGGACGUCUCGAAAGAAAAAAGUGAGCUCCACUCUACUCUACCCAGGGAAAACGUACUGACCAGCACUACUACUACCCAAGACACUGUUAAUGGAAGCAUACCUGAAUCCAUUCAUUCCUCGUCACCAACAAGAUUGCCUAAAACAGAUGACAAGAUCUCAUCCUCUGCUAAUGGGGCAUCUCAAGCAGGUUCACCAGCAGAAGUCAAGGAGAUGAAAAUUCCACCCGCAACUAAACCUAAGCCUGGUUCAUUCCGCUUGGCACAGCAAAAAAAAACACCUGGGUAUUAUGUAACCUCAGCAGCAGAAAAGAAUCUCAACGCGAGUCCCGGGUCUGGCCAGAGGGAGGCUGAAGGAAGUGCAGAGAGAGCAAAGUUACCGCCCCCUCCUCUACCACCUCCUGUGCAGUGUCAAGAGGAGACCACAGGGGCUGCUAAUGUUGAGCUGAGCCCUAAGGGGGAUGACAAGAAUGUAGCAAUCAUGCGAAUGACCAGGCAGAGUAGUUUGCCAUCUAAAGAGCCAAGCAUAGGGUUAAGCUUGGAAAAGUUAAGGAGCUUUACAGCCCCUCGGCCCUAUUCUCCUGUAACCCCGUCCCGCUUCGCCCAGGCAGUGUCUUCUGCUGUGAGAAGGAGCCGGUCCUUUGCCCAUGGGCCAGUGUCGCCUCACGUGCCUGUGUCACCACCCUUCUCCCCAAGCACAAGUCGCUCAUCAGUCAUAGAGUCAGAGGAAUUAUCUGAGCUCAAGGAUGGUGACAAAGGCUCCACUCUGCAGCUGGUAGAGGUGGAACCACCAUCUGUUCUUGGGAUUGCUCAUACAGAAGCAGAGAGCAGUCCAUAGCAGUGCCUUAAUUCUUCUGACAAUAUAUCAUCUACUGAGGAGUUUAUCUUGUCUACUUUGAGUCCUCCAGAACCCUUUAUCCGAUGACACAGAAGCCUCUUUUGAUAGUCUCCAACAGUGUAAAUUAUGUAUUUUGAUAAUUAAUAAUUGCUGUAUUUUGGUUUAUUUUCUGGAAUGUCAUUAAGUAAUAUCCCUGGCGCUGACCUGCGUGUUUUAAUGCUUCUGUUUUAUUUAGUGUGAUGGUCAUCAUGCAUGUAAUGCAUGACUGUUGUGUUUGUGUGCGUGAACAAGAAUGUUAAAUGAGGACAAUUCUAUAAAUUAUUUGGAAAUCUAUUAUCUAAAUAAUACUGGAUUUGUAGGACAGACUAUGUCUGACCUAUGGUACUUAAAUGCUCCUUGGAUUAUACAUAAAAUCUAUAUUUAAGUAUUACAGAGUUUUGAUUAAACUAUAUCCAGAAAUACACUGAUGUGCACAGCACACGUUGUUCUGUCAUGCAGUGUUGAUAUGAAUAAAGUUUCUGUCAUUUCAG